GACCAGUCAAACACAGUCACUUUCCAUAUAUGGCAACUCAUCUCCAUGGUAACGUGUUCUAAGUUGCAGCAGUCGUGUCAAAGUUCACUAUAUAGAGAGCUCAGUGAGCUGAUCAGAGAGAAAGCAUUCUGCCAGCCGAGCGCCUGCAAAUCGCAAUCACUUCCUAACCUCCCCCUUUUUAACAUAUUUGAUCACUUUGAUUCUCUCUUCUUCUUCUCCGUAUUUUUACGCGCAGGAAGGAGGUUCUAUAGGUUGUGAUCUUUUUGUUUUAUUAUCACUCUUGCUUGCCGGAGAGUUGUCUUCAUAUUCGACUCAAGUGCAGGCUUCAGCUGAGCGCCGCUACGAGCGCAACCUCAAUAGAAGAAAAGGAAGAAGCAGCAAUAUUUUUUGCCAGUUGUUGGUUUUCCUCAAGACUCAGGCUGGAACUUAGUGCCGCUCGCUCCUCGUCUACGCCAGCUGUGCGAUUGUAUGCUUCGCCUCCCCGCGUCUCUCCAAGUGUCUGCGCUGUUUCUUUAAUAUCGCAUUUUGUCCGCGCAAUUAUUUUUCCCUUCUCCUUCAUGGGUUUCCUGGAUGGAUGAGUGCAAGCGCCCCUGGACUUGGCCUCCAAGAGCAAUGCUGCGAUUCGACUCGUCUUCGCAUCAGUUUUGACCAUAUGUUCGGCAACCUCCAGAAAACAAAGAAAUAGGCUGCGCUGUCAUUUUUGCGCAAGUUUCCACGGACAAUCUGACUUCACCUUGCCGACAGUGAAUAAUUUAUUUUCGCCCAUACCGACUAAAUAUCGUGAGACAUUCUACGGAGGCGCAUCAUCACGAAACCAAAAACGGAAGACAAAAAGUUUUUAAACGUUGACUGAUAGAUAUGGCAAUGGUAGUGUGGAGGGGCUCCCAGGACGAUGUGGCCGAGACCCAGGGCACUCUCUCUUCGCAAGCCCAAGGCGGACUGUCUCUCCCGACCCCUCAACCAGGCCAGUUGGGUCUGUCGGCCUCUCAGGUUGCCCCGCCGACCCCUCACACACCCGUUCAAGGACCUCCGAACAACACGGCGCAGUCCACGCCGACGAACCAGACGUCAGAAAAGCAGCCACAGCACAUAGAGUGCGUGGUCUGCGGGGACAAAUCGAGCGGUAAACACUAUGGCCAGUUCACUUGCGAGGGCUGCAAAAGCUUCUUCAAACGGAGCGUACGGAGGAACCUCACUUACACUUGCCGUGCCAACAGGAAUUGUCCCAUUGACCAGCACCAUCGCAAUCAGUGUCAGUACUGCCGCCUCAAAAAAUGCCUCAAAGUUGGCAUGAGACGGGAAGUUUCUCUUUUUACCGCAGCUGUACAAAGGGGAAGGAUGCCACCCACACAGCCUCACCAUGGUCAGUUCGCCUUGACAAAUGGGGACCCUCUGCACUGCCAUUCCUACUUAUCCGGAUAUAUCUCUCUUCUGCUGCGAGCAGAGCCCUACCCAACGUCCCGCUAUGGCAGCCAGUGCAUGCAGCCCAACAACAUCAUGGGCAUCGAGAACAUUUGCGAACUGGCGGCUCGGAUGCUCUUCAGCGCGGUGGAGUGGGCCAGGAAUAUCCCCUUCUUCCCUGACCUACAGAUCACAGACCAGGUCGCCCUGUUGCGGCUGACCUGGAGCGAGUUGUUUGUGCUGAACGCCGCCCAGUGCUCCAUGCCUCUGCAUGUGGCCCCUCUCCUGGCCGCGGCGGGCCUGCACGCCUCCCCCAUGUCCGCGGACCGAGUCGUCGCCUUUAUGGACCACAUUCGGAUCUUCCAAGAACAAGUGGAAAAGCUGAAAGCUUUACACGUUGACUCUGCUGAAUAUAGCUGCUUAAAAGCCAUCGUGUUAUUCACCACAGAUGCUUGCGGGCUGUCGGAUGUGGCGCAUAUAGAAAGUUUGCAGGAGAAGUCUCAAUGUGCCCUGGAGGAGUAUGUUCGGAGCCAGUACCCCAACCAGCCGACUCGAUUUGGGAAGUUACUACUUCGCUUGCCUUCGCUGCGCACAGUCUCUUCGUCGGUCAUAGAACAGUUGUUUUUCGUCCGAUUGGUAGGUAAAACCCCCAUUGAAACCCUCAUCAGGGAUAUGUUGCUAUCGGGGAGCAGUUUUAACUGGCCUUACAUGUCCAUUCAGUAAGCAGAGGAGAGAUGAAAGGGGCUGAGGCUACACUAGGCGUAGCGCUUCUUUUGUAGAAGGAAACGGCUGUUACACGAGUUUACGCUCACGAAGAAAAGACUUUUUCAUAAAUGACUGUGAAUUCUAGACAUGAGACAUUCUGCGAACUUUCAAAAAAUCCAGACAAAAGCUCCAGUGUCAUUCUGAAAAAAAAACUUGUUCCUAUCCUUUUUGUAAAAAAAAAAUGAAAAAGGAAAAAAAGACAAGAAAAAUAAAAUGGAAACACAAUUGAGUUGGAUUCUGAUAAUCCACAGGGGAAAGCGCAAGUCGAAAGUGCAUUUAAACACGAAUUUGGAGAAAAAAAUCUUAGAGGAAAAGAAAAAAAGGUUUUCUUUUUUCCAAACAACUAUAUUGUCCUGUGUCCAUGUAUCUAUAGCUGUUUUGUACUUUUUCUUUUUUUUCCCUCUUUUAUGGUUCCAAACCGGCCUAUGUGAUUCUGUAGUAUGCAGUUUGUUUGUUUUUUUUUCUCUAUAUUACCAUGACUUCCUAUGAAACAGUUAAGUAAUGUAAAGCGUUCUUCAAGAAUUAAAACUUAAUCCACAGCAAUAGGAGAAGGGUUUAUGGUUAAUGCUGCAAGCGCACUUACUCAACUGAUGGGCCACAAUGACGACGGGCAGGGUUAGUUUUUUAUCAUAGGGACUCGAGUGAACUCUAUGCUCCACUCAAAUGAGUAUGUCCUCUUACUAAAUGAGCCGCUUGUCUAGUGCAGAUGAUGGGUGUACCUGUUCAUAUCAUUGCCGUGGCUCCUUGGACACCCGAAACACAUACCACCUGAAACUUUAAUGAGAUCGGAAUUUGUAGCAGUCACCAGACUGUUUUACGCAGCAUAGCAUACAACUGGAUUAACCCCGGUCGUUCCAAAAGUAUUAAUCUACCUUGGUGACCAAUCACAUAGAACAAAUUAUUCUACCACCUCUCUAUCCACCAAAGGCCAUUAGGUUGGUAGCAGCACUGAUGCAAAAAGUGGCUUCACACCUUGAUGUCAGAUUACACCUGUUCAUAUCUGCUGACAUCUACACUUAGGAAACGGCAGAACUGGACAUCGUGGAUGGAGGCUGACGCCUUGGGGUUUAGACAAACAGGAAAGCAAAGGUCAAGGAUCAUCACUUUUUUACAUUCAGAGUAUAGACUAUUUUGAAGAACAGUAUUAUUAAGGCGUCCCUGCAAUGUCCCCCUCUACACUGCAAGCAUUUAAAGUGCCUGUCAAGCGCUAAAUGGCUAAUUUCUUAUUGAACGAUAUUAAAGUAGAGACAUCGUCGGGAACAGGGGGAGGGGUGGUAAAGUCAGUCUUAAGAUUGUGUAUUUCACUUGAAACACAACGAUUAGAAGCAGUAUUGUUGUAAAUAUAGGUCAAUUCAUUUCAGUUUUCUUUAUACAAAGUAUAUGUGAUUAAGAAAAAAACUGUGGUUGCCAUUUUUUUCGGUAAUACAAAUGUCUUCAAAUUGAGUGGCAGACUUAGCUAGUAGCACUGAAAGUUCUGUUUGUAAUGUAUAUACAUAUUACGACAAAAUGAUUUUUUUUUCUUUUUUUCAUGUAUUUAGACUGUGAAUGCAUGGCCACAGGUCGCUAACCUAUUUUACCUUUGAUAUAUAUAAAUGUAAAUGUUUUUGACUGUAUAGAUAUAAUCUGUGCAUUCAGUACAUUAGCCCUUGUAUUUAAAAGAAGAAACAAAAUCGUUCAAUAAUAGGCUAAGACUUAACAGGGUGUGCUGGAGGAGAGGGGUAGCGAUUUUGAUUUAGUGUUCUGCUCCUUUUUGGUCUGUAACAGAUGCCUUGUGUGUGUGUGUGUGUGUGUGUGUGUGUGUGUGUGUGUGUGUGUGUGUGUGUGUGUGUGUGCACGCACAAGUGUGUGUGUGUAUGUGUGUUUGUGUGUGUGUGUGUGUGUGUGUGUGUGUGUGUGUGUGUGUGUGUGUGUGUGUGUGUGUGUGUGUGUAUGUGUGUUUGUGUGUGUGUGUGUGUGUGUGUGUGUGUGUGUAAGCUUGCAAUUUCGUACUUGUUUUGAGGCUUUUCUUCAACACACAAGACACCAUGUUGUGGUUGGAUAAUAAAGGGAUCAUAAUGUGUAGUUGAUGGAACAGUUAUCCUGAGCUGUUCCCAUGCCACUUAUGGACCAGAGAAUGAUACAUGAUUGUAAUUAUGAACAGUUUAAACUGACCCACGUUUUUAUAAAAUAUAUAAAAUAUAUUACUGCAGGGUAUUGAUAACGUAUAGAUACUUUUUUUUAUUAUUAUGAUUAUUAAUUGCAAGUGAUAUACGUGAGUGUGUGUGGAAGUUUAUAGUUGAAAACAAUUCUUGUUUGUUUGUGUUAGCUUAUUGUAAACAAGCAUUCUGCUGUACAUUUGUUCUUGGUAUUAAAUUAUAAUUUAUGAAUUUGAAAUCAAAAGCUAU